AUGGACUUGAGAGCAAAGAGGGUCAAGGGGGUCACAGCCUCCGUGACUAAGGAGGCAUCGCAGUCCUAUGCCAAACGGUCCUUCCGCAACAUGCUGCAGGGAAUCGAGGGCGAGGAUGGCGAAACGAACCAGACCACGAACGAGGCGCCGCAGCUGGGCCGACAGGCAUCGGUGACCUCCGAAGCUUUCCUUGGCGCUGUGGAGUCCAAUCAGGACAGCGGCGUUGCCAGAGAAGAUUCCGAAAUCUACGAGGUCAGCUUGCGGGGUGCAGCUUCCGACUUUGGCUUGGUGGAGGUGUCCGUGGACCCAAGCCCAGGCACUUGGGAGCCUUCGUCGGCAUGGCAGGAGAUGUACCAGGAUGCUCAGUUGGUGCACUACUAUUCCCGUACUCAUGGGAAGACGCUGCUGGGCUUCGUCCAGGGUUCGGGCCAGUUCAUCGGGACGGAUGCGGACGAGCUGCCACGCUACAACUGCUCCAUCGGUGUGCGAAGGCAACUUCGCAGGAUGGUCCCGCUGACAGACCUCCGCCCGCCGUUCAGAGGUGGCGAUCCCGUCAUGGUUUUUCUGGAGGAUGAGAGGACCUGGCAUCCUGGAGUCAUAGCAGCGACGCCUGCCCUCGCCCUCCACCAUGCAGCGAAGUUCCAGGUUUCAGUCCUGGACAUGGACGCGUCGGGUGCCCUGCUGCGGGGCCCGCGCCCAGGCUCCGGUCUGCUCCUCACAGACGUUCCCUUCGAAAGGAUCCGGCAUCGCUUCCCGAAGGGCCACAGAAUCCGGGCCUACAGAGGUGAGGAGGGCCGAACGCCGGAAGAGUGCUGCCAUCGCCAGUGCAGCAGCUUCAGUUGUCCAUCACACUCGGGCUUCGUGUCCAUCAACAAUGUGUCUGCAGCCGGACUCACGACCGCGUCCUGCUGCAGAAAACUUCCCUCCUGCACCGCAAACUCCCGAUACGUGCCACUGAGCAGUCCCAGCUUGGAUGGAGGGCGGGCGAAGGUUGCGGCCUCGUCCAUCGAAUGUGCGGAGCGGUGCCAGGCCACUACUGGAUGCGUUGGAUUUACCUGGUUGUCCGACUCCAGCUGUCACCUGGCGGGUGCCAAUGCAACGUUGCGCUUCAUGCCCGGUGGAGUCAGUGGCAACACGACCUGCCACUCCUUGCGGCCGCACCUGCAACGGAAAGAAGACGUCAAAGUCCAUGAAUUCUGUCAGCGGCAACCAGGGAGGUGCACCGGCAAGGUGCACCAGCUCUUUUCCCAAGCGAGCCCACAGAUCCUGUCAAGCGGCAGCAGCAGCUCGGCGCAGCUGGAUCUGGCAGGUGUUGCAGUGGUGGACUGGGAUGCCGAUGGUCGUCUCGAUGUGGUGACUUCUCAUGGAAGUGGGCGCUUGGGCCUCUUCUUGCAAGGCUCGGAUGGGAAGUUUUCUGCUUCCACGGACAACCCCUUCCGUUCCAUCGAGGUCGGAGAGUCUGCGAAGCCCACGGUCUUUGAUUGGGACGGCGAUGGGGAGCUGGAUGUCUUGGUGGGCAAUGCAGACGGGGAUCUCAAGUUCCUGAAAGGUUCGGGAGAUGGUGCGGUGGCCAUGACCUGGAAUUGGUACCCAUUCAGCACUCUGACAACCCUUGGUCGCACGGCACCUGCCAUAGCAGACUUCACGGACGAUGGGCAUCCAGAUUUGGUCCUGGGUCACGGAUGUCAGCUGGAUGUGUACCUCGGACAAGGCAAUCACUCCCUUGCACUCGCGGCGUCUCACGACUUCGCGUCCUCGGGCUCCUCGGGCUCCUGUGCCAUUGUCCCGACAGUGUGGGACUGGGACGGCGACGGGAUGAAGGAAGUGAUUGUUGGGGACCAGGCUGGAAAAUUCAAUCUCUGCCGGCUCAUCAACGGAACCACACUCAUUUGCGAGGCUUUGGAGGGCUACGGCGUCGGCGAGAUGGCGUCGCCCUCUGCGUGUGACUGGGACUCUGACGGAGUUCCAGACCUCAUCGUCCAGAGCGGCAGCCUCCAGGACCUGGCCUGGUUUCGCAGAGGCCCCAGACCGGACGUCUUGGAGGUUCCCGAAGAACCCGCGCUGUUUGGCUUUGACGUGGGUGAGUCGGCCGUGCCUGUCUUGGUGGAUUGGGACCUGGAUGGAGAUCUCGAUCUGAUAGUCGGAAGCGCUGAUGGAAGGUUGUGGUUUUUUCCCCAAGAGAACGGCGAGUUCGUAUCCUCAAAUCAGCGCGACGGGCCCUUCGCCAGCGUGGAUGUCGGGUCACACUGUGCGCCUGCAGCAGUCGACUGGGAUUCGGAUGGGUUUCCAGAUCUCAUCCUCGGCAGCGGUCAGGGACGACUGACCCUGCUGCGUGGAGGCAGUGCCGAGCCGCUGCUGGAGGGGCAGCAACUUUUUGCUUCCGUGGACCUGAAGACGCGGGUGCAGCCGGCCGUGGUAGACUGGGACAGCGAUGGAGAUCUGGACCUUCUCCUCCUUGCCGGUGGUCGGAUCCAAUAUUUCAGAAACGAGCACGGCCGUUUUGUGCAGGUUGCGGACGAGUACAGCCCCUUCUCGCAGGUUGGCGAUGUACUUCGCAGCCAGGGGCUCUCGACGCAUGACUCUCUGUGCUUGCAGGCGAUCGACGCAGAUUCCGAUGGAGACUGGGACCUCGUAGUGGGAGGCUUGCUACUGGAGCAGCUGUCUGACGGCACUCUGAAGUAUCUGACCGGAAGCGACAGUGCGUUUCCCAGUCAGUGGCCUGGGCCCUCGGAUGGGCCUCCGUGCCUUGCGUACGGCGACUUGGACAUGGAUGGGGUCCUGGACCUGGUGGUGGGCUUCCGAGACGGGAGGCUGGAUCUCGGGCUCGGCAAAGUCGGCGAGGAUUUCAAGGCUCAGGAGGGACUCGCGAACCCUGUGGGUGAUCUUGGGCUGGGUAUGGCCCGCAAGACGCCGGGCGUCGUGGAUUGGAACGGGGACGGCAAGGCCGACCUCCUCGUCUCGGCGGACGGCAUGCGGCUCUUUCUGCGUGAAGCAGACGGGUCUUUGAAGGAGACCGCGACCAAGCUCCCUUCUCUUGAGGGACGCUCCCCGUUGUCGAUCGUGACUGCAGAUUGGACGAUGGAUGGAGAUGACGACGUCCUGCUUAUCGAGAAGCAAGCCUUGGUACUUCUAGAGCGGAACGGCUCAGAAGGCUUUCUGCCAGCCUUUGAGGUGUUACACUGGUCGCUUCGUGAUGGGUUACACACCGUCACGGGAGGAACCGUGGCAGAUUGGGAUGAAGACGGACUGUUCGACAUCCUCGUCGGCCUCGAAUCCGGUAGGCUGCAGCACUGGCGCCAGUGUGCUUCCGGGCAGAUGCAACUGGUACCGGAGGACGAGAGCCCCUUUGCGGGGAUUGUUGGGGAAGGCUCAGCCCAACCUGCGAUGGCAGAUGUCAACGGAGACGGAAAGCUGGACUUGAUUCUGGGAUCAUCUGGCAGGCUACAGAUCUACCUUCAAGACGAAGGAGGCAAACUGAACCGAAGGCACGUGCUGGAUGGCUUCAGAGGGGAUGUUGUUCCAGUGGCAGCCGAUUGGAAUGGCGACGGCGACAGCGAGAUCAUUCUGGGCACGUCUUCGAACGACCUGGUGUAUCUGGAUCAGGGCCCGUGUGCUCCAAGAGACGCCUGCUUAGGACAGUCCGGGCUUUGCAACUCCAAGAGCCAGGUUUGCGACUGCCUACCAGGCCACAGUGGCAUCGACUGUUCCAAGUGUGCCACGGGCUUCAGUUCUACGCCCAGGAACUCCGAGCGGGGCCACGAUUGCUACCCGUGCCCAGGAAAUUCAGACGCCUGCAGUCACAGAGGAGUCUGCGUGGACGACCACUACGUGCAGGCUGCGGCUGCGGGGCGAAGGGAGAUCUCGGAUCCACGGCUUCUUCGUGGAAAUGGAAGCUGCAUCUGUCAUCCCAACUACUUCGGAAAGGACUGUGCGCAGGGCGAGUGCCCUGCUGGCCAGGAGCCCGCGGCAGACCUGGCGUCCGGGUCCAUCCGGUGCCGCACGUGCCAGCAGGGGUUUGGCAAGGAGCAGUCCGGCAACCACGAGUGCGCUGCGUGCCAGCCAGGGACUGCUGCAUUCGCUGGCGAUGGUUCCUGUUUGCCCUGCGGCGCCGGCGAGUAUCAGCCCAGAGUCGGCCAGAGCGAGUGCAUCCUUUGCUCUUCGGGAUCCGAAACAGACGAGGGCCGAACUGCCUGCAGCCCCUGUCCCUCGGGCACGGUCGGCGUGUUGGGCACGUGCCAACUGUGCCCAUCCUUCACAACAGCUGGCAGCAGCCGGACUCAGUGUGUCAUGGACUGGGUGCUACUGAUGGCAGCUUUGUUGUUUACACUGCUUACGCUUGUGUUCUUCCAGCUGGUCGUGUACAUUCCGGGUGCCCGGCGGAAUAUUGCGGACAUAACUUGGUCUGCAGUGGACGAUGCAGUCAUAGUCACGAUGCAAAGCCGGCACCACUUCGGUUCGAGGUUGCUCAAGGUUCGCCUCUAUGACACAGGAAUCCCUUUCCUUGACCCUUGCCAGAAGACGCCUUACUUCUUCGUCCGUGCCCUCUCUCCCACACAUCUGCAGCUCUAUACCGAGCCCAAGAUCGCGCUGACGACGCCGGUAGAAGCGUCUUCCGGCACACUGAAGCCCUUGCUGAUGUCCGAAGCCUUGGGAACUCGAUUUUUUGGCAUCCCAGUCUUGUUUUGGCUGGGCAUGGCGGCCUUGGCAAUUAUCAUCCUCGCUAGCCUCGCACCUAUCCCUUGGUGGUAUUUGCUGCUGACCGCGGGCCUUGCUUUGGCCUCGGUCCUUUCCUUGCGGCUGCGGGCCGCGCGCUUGGACGCCCUGACGCCGCUGCAGCGUCUCCUCCGACAGUAUGCUUUGCACCUGCGAGCGGCGACUUCACCGGCCAGCUGCGAGCCCGGAGGCCUGCGUGCCGUGAGCAUCGCGCGGAUCCUGCACUUCCAUGAGUUCUUCAGAUCGCUCAUUCAGCACAGGAACAUGCACUAUGUUUGCACCAGCAUCAUCAAGCCGGUCACAAAGAAGUCGCAACUCUCCUUUGCUGAACUUGCUGGGCCUGGAACGGUGGAUUGGUUCAUCUCGCACUUCUGGGCGCUCCCCUUCCAGGACUUUGCCCAAAGCCUCCGCGCGCACGCUAUGUACGUCGGCAGGGACUGGGAAGCGAUCAAGUACUGGAUCUGUUCCUUCAGUCAGAAUCAGUGGCGGCUUGAAGAAGAACUCUGUCCCGGCACUCUCAGAGAGUCUUCCUUCCAUAAGGCCCUCAUGGCCCCCAGCUGCCAGGGUACCGGGAUGAUGAUGGACUCAGAGCUCACUCCAUUGAAGAGGUCCUGGUGCCUCUUCGAGAUGCUGCAAACCUUCAACUUACAUGAGCGCGGCCUGAGCCAGCACCGCCUUGCGCCCUUCAUGGGCCUGUUUUUGCUCAGCCCUGCUGGGGUGCUGAACGUGGGGCGCGGGAGCGUCGACAUGGCAGUGCGAAUUGGCAAGCAGCCUGGCCCAGUCUACGAGCCUCCUAACUCCUAG